CUUGAUUCUCGCUUAACACGCAAGAAAAACCCCAUCGCCCGUCGCCAUGAAAUUCUUCGUUGUUCUUUUCGCCAUUGUGGCAGUCGCUAGCGCUGGAUUGAUUCAUCACGGACCGGAGAUAAUCCACGUCGGCAACCAACCCUCCAUCCCGGGACCCAAGGCCUCUCCGCUGGCUCUUCAUGGCAAUGAUCACUCCACCCGCAUCCACUACUCUGCUCCGCAUAUAGGGCAUCCGCACUUGGUGGGAGUCGAGCAUUACAACCCGGCGCCGCAUUACGAGCCCAGCGUCGUCAACGUCGCCCUUAAACACGACUGGCAUUAGAUCCUCGCGUCUGAGCCAGCAGACCCGCUGGUCCGGAGUGGUCCACGCCGAACGCGUCAUCCUGAGGCUGAUAUGAGGCAGCUAAUUCGCCGUUCGAUCGGCGAACGAACGUGACAUUAAGAAAUUCUCUCGCCGACAGAUCGGGAUCUCUUGUUUCUCGUCUCGUCGGCGAGACAAAUCGAUUCUUCGCGCCGAGGGUUGUGGAUCUUCGGUUCGAGAAUCGUAUAUGCGGAAAUUUGAACUGCCUCAGGAUAGCCGCACGUCUUGGGCCACUUCUGGAGGACCACCCCAAAAAGACCAGGCAGUCAGACUUGAAAAAGCCUUCCCCACCUUCUCCCAUUAUCAUUCUUCGUUUUACCUUGACACUACAUAUUACACGCAUUGUACGACAGACACAAUCGGAGUCUUCCCCAUUUAUUCAUCUCAUUCUGUCAAAAAUGAAAAAUUGUGUGCGGCAACAGAUUGAAGAGGAAACAGCUGAGCGGCCAUCUCUUUCCCCCGAAACAUUUGUCUACGACAGCGCAACAUACUUUUAUUUAUUGUACAAUAAAAGUUGAUUUUUACGUCUUGUGAUAAA